GCCGCCAGGGCGGGGCGCGCGGGAGUGAGUCCCUGAGCCAGUCCCGCUGUGCUGGGCACGGAACUUCCUCCUCGCGCUCACCGUGAACGACCCCAGACCUCCAGAUCCCUGGCCUGGACCCUGGAACCUCGGGCCCUGAGCCUGCCAGGCCCCGACCCUCAGGCCACCUCCUCCCUCGUCCACCCCGUGCCAUGCGCGGCCUCGAGCUCCCGCUGCUGGCUUUGCUGUGGCUGCAGGUGGUCGCCCCCAGGGCUGCUCUGCCCCACCUGGAGCAGUACGAGGUGGUGUGGCCCCGGCGCCUGCCAGGACCCCGCGCCCGCCGAGCCCUGCCCUCCCCCUCGGGCCAGUACCCAGAGAGCGUGAGCUAUGUCCUGGAGGCCAGAGGGCACGCCUUCACUGUGCACCUUCGGAAGAACAGGGACCUCCUGGGCUCAGGCUACACAGAGACCUACACAGCCACCAAUGGCUCCCAGGUGACAGAGCAGCUGCAGAGGCAGGACGACUGCUUCUACCAGGGCUACGUGGAGGGGCACCAGCGCUCCGCCGUCAGCCUUAGCACCUGCUCGGGCCUCAGGGGCUUCUUCCGGGCCGGCUCUGCUGUCCACCUGAUCGAGCCCCUGGAGGGCGGCGGAGAGGAAGGACGGCACGCGCUGUACCAGGCUGAGCACCUGCAGCAGAAGGCCAGAACCUGCGGGGUCAACGACAGCAGCCUGGAGAGCAUCCUGGGCCCUCGGAUCUCGGCCGCCCUCAGGCCCCGGAACUGGCCACUACCCCGAGAGACCCGCUACGUGGAGCUGUUCGUGGUCACGGACAGCACAGAGUUCCAGCAGCUGGGGAGCAGAGAGGCCGUGCGCAGGAGGGUGCUGGAGGUGGUGAACCACGUGGACAAGCUUUAUCAGGAGCUCAACUUCCGUGUGGUGCUUGUGGGCCUGGAGAUCUGGAACAGUGGGGACAAAAUCGCCAUCAGCUCUGACCCCGACACCACCCUAAACAACUUCCUGGCCUGGCGGGCUCGAGACCUCGCCUCGCGGCACCUGCAUGACAACGCGCAGCUCAUCACCGGGGUUGACUUCACCGGGACCACCGUGGGGCUGGCCAAGGUGUCCGCCAUGUGCUCCCGGGACUCAGGGGCUGUGAACCAGGACCACAGCCACAACCCCAUCGGCGUGGCAAGCACCAUGGCGCACGAGAUGGGCCACAACCUGGGCAUGGACCACGAUGAGAACGUCCAGGGCUGCUUCUGCCCAGUGCCACGGGGUGGCGGCGGCUGUGUCAUGGCAGCCAGCAUCGGCUCUGCGUUCCCCAGAAUGUUCAGCCAGUGCAGCCGGACUGACCUGGAGACGUUCUUGGAGAAGCCGCGGACGGCCUGCCUGGCAGACGCCCCAGACCCUGACCGGCUGGUGGGCGGCCCCGUAUGUGGGAACCGCUUCGUGGAGCGCGGGGAGCAGUGUGACUGCGGCCCGCCCCAGGACUGUCAGAACCGCUGCUGCAACGCCAGCACCUGCCUGCUGGCCGAGGGGGCCGAGUGUGCCCACGGCGCCUGCUGCCACGAGUGCAGGGUGCAGCUGGCCGGGAAGCCAUGCCGUCCCCCAAAGGACGAGUGCGACCUUGGGGAGUUCUGCGAUGGCCAGCAGGCCCUGUGUCCAGAGGACGCCUUCCAGGAGAAUGGCACCCCCUGCCGGGGGGGCUACUGCUACAACGGGGACUGCCCCACACUGGCCCAGAGGUGCCAGGACUUGUGGGGGCCAGGUGCUCGAGUGGCCGUGGACGCGUGCUACGCCUACAGCUUCUCCGCAGGCUGCGCAGGCGGGGUCCCCAGAGGCAGGUGUGGCACUCUGUUCUGCGAGGGGGGACAGAAGCCCCUCGAGCGGCGCUCCUGCAUCCUCACCUCCCACUUGGGCACCUGCCAGGCUCUUAACCAGGACGACAGCGCCGAGUAUGAGCCAGUGCCUGAAGGCACCCGGUGUGGCUCAGAGCAGGUUUGCUGGAAAGGACUCUGCCGGGACCUCCACGUUUACAGAUCCAGAAACUGCUCCGCCCGGUGCAACAACCAUGGGGUGUGCAACCACAAGGACCAAUGCCACUGCCACCCUGGCUGGGCCCCGCCCCACUGCGCAGAGCUGCUGUCCACCGCGCACCCAGCAUCCGGGAGCCUCCAGAUAGGCUUGGUGGUACCACUGGUGCUCCUGGGGGCUCUGGUGCUCGCCGUGGCAGCUGUGGGCAUCUACCGCAGGACCCGGAGCCCCGUCCAAGGGCGGAAUGUGGGGCCUAAGACGGCCGUGGGGCUCUCCAACCCCCUGUUCCCUGGGGGCCACGGCACACCAGGGGCCAGCAGGGCUCCGGCUCCCAGUGUGUGCCCCCCGGAGCUGGUCCCUGCUUCCGACCCCAGCCAGCAUCCCAAGCCCACAGCUUCUCCGCUGACACCAAAGCGGCCACCCCCUGCUCCUCCAGCUACCAUGUCCAGCCCACUGUUCCCAGUUCCUGUGUACGCCCCGCAGGCCCCAGGCCAGCUCAGACCUGCUCCUCCCGCCAAGCCUCUCCCGGUGCUGAAGCCCAAGCAGGUUGUCAAGCCAAACUGUGCUCCGCCAAUGCCUCCCGUCAAGCCCGGGGCUGGAGGGGCCCAACCUGGUCCCCCUCAGGGAGCUGCUGGGCCAAAGGUCGCUCUGAAACCCCCUGUCCAGAGGAGGUGAUGCGCCCGCCAGAGCUGAAAGCACUCUGGGGGCGGGGGGGGGGGGCGGCUUGCACCUGUCCGCCUGUGGUUUGUGUGACCUCACCACCCGCAGCAGCAGAUGCAGCUCCUCCCCCGGGGGCUGGAUUCACUGUGAAAAGUCCUAAAAGAAGAGCCAGCUCCUCAGGAUCAAGGCCCCUCUCCGGCAUCCCAGGAUCCCAGCCCAGGACUUCGCGUUAGGCCCUUGACUGCUGUCCGGACCUCAGGAAUGGGUCAUCUCAAGGCCCUCACUGUCGUGGGGCCAGGCCAGUCCCUCACCCACGGGUGCCUCCAGAGCCACGGGUGUCUUGUCUGGGUCUCUGUAAACCUCAGGUGCAUAUUCAGCAGGGCUGAAAAAUUUAAUGGAAUGUUUGUAUUUCACGAUUAAGUUAUUGAUCAAGUUCUAAAUUUUUGCAAGAUCCGUGGAAAAUGGUGCAACAAUGUGAAUUUAUAAGAUUUAAAGGUCCAACGCUUGGUAAAAUAAAACGUCUACUGUGAACGGGUAA